CCAAGAUCUAGCAGGUCCUUCCAUGUUUCGCAUUCUGCCUUGUCUAUUGCCGGCGGUCGUGGCCAUCCACCAGGGCCAAGGCCACCGUGGCCAUGGUGGCCAUGAAGGCGUCAGCGAUGUCAGGGUCAUUGACGCCUCGGCAUCGUCAAGCAAGCUUUCCAACCACUCCCGGGACGCCGUCCUGGAGACCCCCGAGUCCAGUCAUCUCGUGCGCCGGGAGCAUGUUGCUGCCGUGGAACCGACAAGGAAAUUGACGUACAUGGCUCUGGGGGCCACUGGCCUUGUGGGCUAUUUGGCCUUUCUGGCCUCAAUCUCCAGUAGCGCGGCAUCAAAAGAAGCGGAGCCGGAAGAUAGAAGUUUGUUGGGUGCCUGGCCCACAGCUCUGCAGUGGAUGAUGCUCUCUAUGACACUGUCGAUCUUCAACAAGUGGAUCUUUCUCCCGGAGGGUGCCAACUUUCCGUUUCCAAUGACCUUGUCCUGUUGUCACAUGUUGGCCACCGGCCUCUUGCUACACCUGCUGCGCUGGGCGCAGCCGCAGUUCUUUCCUGGACUCCAGGGCUUUGACGAAAAUCAUGAGCGUCGACGGAAGUUGGCAAAGGUGGUGCUGCUCGUAGGAGCGUUGCUCUCCGUCUCGGUGGUCUUGUCCAACUCUGCCGCUGUGUUGCUCUCAGUGGCCUUCGUGAAUAUGCUGAAAAGUGGAAAUCCGGUGCUGGCGCUCUUGCUGGGACUUUCCUUGGGCACUUCCAGCUGUAACUGGCGGAUGCUGUGCCCGCUGCUGAUGAUGAUGUUGGGCGUCUUGGCGACGAUCCAUGGGGAGCUGUUUUUGAGCUACUUGGGUCUGGCACUUCUGGUGAUGGCCAUCUUGAUUGAACAGUUUCGGUUGGUGAUCUUCAAAUCUUUGAUGUCAGACAGUGGAUUUUCACUCGAUCCACUCUCUGCAGUGGCUCUCUUCUCACCCGUUGCCUUCAUUUUCACCUUUGCAGCCGCAGCGACAUAUGAAUGGCAUUCCUUCUGGACCGCUGGGCGGAUGGAUGUCUUACAAGGUUCAGCUCUAGUGUUGAACUCUCUGGUGGCUGUGACUUUGAACAUUGCCUACUCCAGGCUGUUGAAAGUGGCCAGUCCCGUGACCUUCACCGUUUUCGGCACGGCCAAGGACGUGGCCACGGCCGGGCUGUCCUUGACCCUGGUGGGUGGUACCGUGACAACGCAACAGCUCUGUGGCUACGGCACUGCCUUGGUCGGCAUGAUCUACUACGACCGAGUGAAGCGCAAUGCUUGACGCAGCCGCUACGACGCCGUUGCGGCGUGGAGUGGAGAGCCAGCGGAACAUCGCAGCUGCAGAUGGCAGAUUUUAUGGUAGACCAACGUGGGUGUGGU